AUGCUGCCUUUACGUAAUGAAGAAAACGCAGCACUUCUUCUUGCUGCCGACGAUGAUGACGACGUCGACGAACAGACUCAUCACGACGUGACCACUUCAUCAUCAACACAUAUCAACGACCGUUUUCCCGUUGUCACCAAGCGACCACGAACCUAUCAUCGUCAUCAAUCAGUCGCUUCACAACCGAUCCUCUGUUUCUUCUUUAUCCUCGCAGCUUUUCUCCUCGGAUCGGCAAGUACUGUUGUCAUCAUGCUCUAU